AUGGACGGUGGAAUAAACAAGGAAACAGAGAGAUCGAAAGAGAUGGAGAGUGGAAUAAACAAGGAAACAGAGAGAUCGAAAGAGAUGGAGAGUGGAAUAAACAAGGAAACAGAGAGAUCGAAAGAGAUGGACGGUGGUAUAAACAAGGAAACAGAGGGAUCGAAAGAGAUGGAGAGUGGAAUGAACAAGGAAACAGAGAGCGUGCUGUCUCAAAAUGUCAAUUUUCACAAUAACUUCCCAAGACAAGAUAUGAUGAACUCAAGGCAAGGAGGAUUUAACGCAAGACCUCGACAUAGAGGGGGACAAAACCCGGGAAUGUUUUCUAGCGGUGGUCAACUGUCGCCCUCCCAGGGACGUUCUAGACCUGGUCACAGCUCAGGCAUGAUGAAUCCGUACAGUGCUGCGGUUGCCAUAUCGAGCGCGGACUCAGUGCUAUCACACCAAUCACUCGGCCCAAGCGCACGUCCUCUACUGGCCAUGGGUGGAGGCCCUCCACAAAUGGACCGGUCCCAAGGAUCCAUUUCGCACGUACAAGAUAUGGCAAUUGGCGGAAAUGCCAUGCAGCCCUCUCAAACGAAUCCUUGGAACCAACCGGAAGUUCGUGAACCUGGGUUCAUCCAAAGCCGUGGAGCCACUGUGGUUGACACUGGUGUAAAUAGAGGGGAGACUAUCCAACAUGACCAGAAUAUGGCAUUCAAUACAGCCACAAAGCAAAUGGACGCACAUCUGCUCGUCCCCGAUGCACAAGGUCAACCGGAUUUACUCCGAUCACACAGUUUAAACACCAUCAAUGGGCAAAACACAGGCAGUUCAGGGAUUUCUUCCGGCUCGUCUUUUCGAUCUGUAAUGACAGCUCCGGACGUCGUUUCCCCUACUCCUGUCGUCGAUAGACCUUUCGACUCACCUGUGUUACUCUCAAACCAAGGGGACUUACCCAGUGAUAUGCAACAAGUUCUAUCGCAAACAACAGGUUCCAAUAACCAACUUUGGGAUGCAGCCAGUGUCAUUCAACAACGUGCGCUUGACAAUCCACAAACCGAAAUAUUUGUAGAGGGUACAAAACUUUCACCAAGAAGAAAACAACCAACAUUAUCGGAUCAUAUGGCAGGAUUGGUUGUAGGAGAAAAUAUUAUGCCAGGAGAUUCUAGUUCAGUUGUUGACCCUAGAUUUGGAAUAAUUUCUUCACCCGAUCAUAUAGCAACAAUGGAGGUCAGUUCGAGCCUCGGUGCUCAUAGACCACCACCUGAUACAUGGCAUGCCAGCAUACAGCAUCGGAAAACUUUACAUCCACAACGAAAUAUUCCAUCCGGUAUGCAAGACCACCCUGGAAUGCGCAUUGCAACUCCACCAUCUCAACGUUUUAUGAACGGAAUGCAUUCUCUUGGAUUAUUGUCAGACGCAUAUGUUGUGUCAGAUGGUGGUUCGUACGUCAACACAGACGCUGAGGUGAAAGUCAGGUCUGGUUUGUCAGCUAUUGCCCGUCAAACACCUCGUCCUCCUCCUACCCAACCUCCACCAGAAGUUACUAAAAGACCUGAGCCUGUUAUUGAUCUGAAGAGUAGAGGCAAAUCGUGGGAGAACUUUAAAGAUAUACCAUGGGGCAGUGAACAAGGAAUAUACAAGCCAACAGUUCAAAGACUGAAUAUUUUCAUUACAGGUGCCGUGACUGUUGAGAAGAAAGAGAAUACGCCUAAUCAGGGCCAGUCGGUUGCUAAGAAACAAAUAUCACCGGAAAAAACGGAGGUGAGACAACCAGACCAUGGUCAAUUCUUUACCAAUAAACAAAUCAAUCCGCAAAGGACAGAUGUGAAGGCACCGCCGAAACCUACAGUCAAACAUGCAUUGGAUAAUUUAAUGAUUUAUAUUGAUUCAGUCAAUAAGAAUCUGAAAGACACAGAAAUUAAGCAACAAGGAUCACACCCACUAAAGUCUAAAGUGCAAGGAGGAUUAGUUCAGGGAUCCGGUAAGUCACCAGUAAAUGCACUUCAAAGUAAAGGUUCCGCCCAAGACAAUUUAGUGCAGAGGACCAGUCAGUCUAAAGCAGAGGCGUUGAAAAAUUCUGGAAAAGUUCAUGGGCCUUUAAUGAAACAAGCCGGUAAAUCUCAAGGCGGCCCACUGCACAAGACAGGUGUGAUUCAAGAAAAUUCAUUACAAGAAUCCGGUAAAUCCGAACAAGGUACAUUAAAACAUAUUGCUAAAUCUCAGGGUGGUCUAAUGCAUAAGCCGGGUGCAGCGCAGGAUAGUAUUACGUUGAAAACUGGAAAAUCCGAAGGAAGUAUGUUGUACCAAUCCGGUAAAUCACUUGGGGGCCCGUUACAUAAAACAGGAAAAAUUCAAGGGAGUUUACUACAUCAAGCUGGUAUACCAAAAGAAAAUACCUUACAGCGCAUCGCCAAAUCUAGAAUCGGUCCAUUGCACGAAAUGGGUGCAAUGCAAGGUCAUUUGGUACAGAAAAGUGGAAAAUCCCAAGGCAGUUCGUUACAACACAAGGGCAAAUCUCAAGGAAUUGCAUUACAAAAAUCUCCAGAAGGUGCAAUACUGCAAACGGUUAAAGCAACAGGAGAUGCGUUACAACUUAGCGGUAAAUCCCAGAGAGGUCCAUUGCACACAACGGGUAAAAUGCAAGGCGGUGGUAUUAAAAAAAUCAGUAAAUCUCAAAGAGGUCCAUUACAUGGAGUGGGUACAGACCCGAGCAAUUUAGUACAGGAACCUGCUAAAUCUCCAGGAAUUGCCUUACAACAAACCAGAAAAUCUCACGAAAGCGCGCAAAAGCAAGCUAUAAAGUCUGGAAUUCCAUUGACUCAGACUGGUACCCCUCAAGGAGAAGCUCAAUCCGCAGCGACUCAGAAUGAAAUUUUAUCCAAACAACAAGGAAAAGAACAAUCUAAUCCAAAACAGAAUGCAGUGAGCAAAUCAAAAGAAAAACCAGUUGCACCAGUCCAAAGUAGAGGAUCGCGGAAAUUUAAUAUGCCCAAAGGAACAUUGUCGCAAGGUCAAGUGAAGCAAACAGAAACAACCCAAAUGAACAAAACUCAAACCGGAGCUGGGGCAGAUACAAAGAAGAUAAGCGCUGCGGCUAAUCAAGUCAUUAAGCAUACAAGCACUGCGAAAAAAACAUCAGGUGGCAUGACUGCUGAUAGUAAGAUAAGCGCUGCGAACGAAAACAAAGUAACAAAAACGCAUUUGGAUAAAGAAAGCAAAACAGAGAUGCGCAAUGCCUUCAAUUCUGCCAAUUCUAAGACGUAUGAAGCCAUGUUAAGCAAACCUAUACAUAGAGCUAUGUCUAAUCAACCUACUGUUGAACCAAUUUACGGUGCUGUUAUUGGCAACGCAAAUAUUCGUCAUGAUACUGGCACAUCACAGGACACCACGGUCGUUACAAAGAUAUCGGGCGAUCAAUUCACGACCCCAUUACCAUCAUCAGGUGUCCAGGUUGACAGAAGCAAACUUCAUGGCAUUCCAAUAUAUGUUGGAUGGCCGCAGCCAACUUUACCUUUGUCUUCUAACAAACAUGCCGCAGAAGGCGAUUCAACGCCUACAAUACCUGUGGCUAUGACUACAAGCUCUGUUACACCAACCACUGUCACUACUACACAAAAGAUAACCACUACCAAUCCGCCAACGACAACUACAACUCCAGAACCAACAACUACAACAACUGCUGCUACAACCACUACCACAACUGAGCCAAAGACAACCACUACCACUCCAGAACCAACAACUACUACAACCACAGAACCAACGACUACUACUACAACAACAGAACCAACAACUACUACAACCACAGAACCAACGACCACUACUACAACAACAGAACCAACGACCUCUACAACAACUACAGAACUAACAACAACUACUACAACCACAGAACCAACAACUACUACUACCACAGAACCAACGACCACUACUACAACCACAGAACCAACAACUACUACAACCACAGAACCAACGACCACUACUACAACCACAGAACCAACGACCACUACUACAACCACAGAACCAACGACCACUACUACAACUCCAGAACCAACAACUACUACAACCACAGAACCAACGACCUCUACAACAACUACAGAACCAACGACAACCACGACAACACCAGCACCAACAACAACUACUGAACCAACAACCACUACAACAACAACCGAACCAGCAACAACUACGACUGAACCUCUAACUACUACCACAACGACGGAACCUACAACUACCACCACAACCACUGAACCUACCACUACCACUACGGAACCAACAACAACGACUCCCGAACCUACAACUACCACCACAACAACUGAACCUACCACUACCACUACGGAACCAACAACAACGACUCCCGAACCUACAACUACCACCACAACAACUGAACCUACCACUACCACAACACCUGAACCAACAACUACCACCACAACUGCGCCAACAACUACCACCACAACAACUGAAGCUACAACUACCACUACAACAACUGAACCUACCACAACAACAACUGAAUCUACCACAACAACUGAACCUACCACUACAACAACAACGGCAGUCCCUACAACUCCAGCACCCACUGAUCCUCCAGUACCUCUCCGAUUCGACCACUUGUUUAUGGCUAUUGUAACAACAACAGAAAAACCGACGACAACAACAACAACGACAACCACAACCACAACGGAAAUCCCAACUUCAACAACAGAGGCACUUCCCACAACUACAACUACAACAGAACCUUUCACAUUCAGAAUGGAUGGAGAAACCACAACAACCGCGAAAUCAGAAGAACCGCGAAGGAUACUUUCUACAAAUAAGUUCUUUUCGGGUGAAGAAAGCAUGAGUCAUAUAAUCAUGGGUCCAACCAUCAAUGCUGUGAUGAAUGGACGUUCAGAUUUAAAUAGUGUCCAUGACAAAAAACCUUUAUCUAUUAUCCACACAUCUCUAGAGAGACAGAAGCAGCUGUUUGGAUUAGAUCGUGUAGCUAACCUCGCUAUAAGGCCCACAGAAAACACAGCUAUGGAUAUGUUAUUCCCCAAAUCUGUCUCAAUGGAAGGUGGCCUUUCUAAAACUGCAGGCAACAGUGAGUUUUUGACAACAAGUUUACCAUUAGAACACGUCACACAAACGACGACCGAACCACAACCGCUACGGUUCGAUCACCUUUUCAUGGAUAUAGUUACAACUACUGAACCAACCACGACAACUACUCCAUCAACAACGACAACUCCAACAACGACUACUCCAACAACAACGACUACUCCAACAACAGGUCCCUUGGUGGCGAGUCCCAUCGGCGGAUCACUGAUAGACAGUCUUCAACAAGGUUCUCAAACAAUGCAACCACUCGUUAAGAUGGGUUCCUUAGCAUCAAUCAAUUUUUUUUAUUACGUUCUUUUUUUCACAGGCUCAAAUAUGAGAGAGCCCUUAGUUCCAGGAUAUGUCGCCCAAUCCAAUGUUCCUCUUAAUCAGAAACAGCCAAGCAAUCCAUGGCCUUCACAGGCGCCACUGAUUACACAUGGAAACCAGGCUGCAGGUGCACAGGGACCCACUGCUUGGACACAAGGGGUAAAACAGCCUCUUACCACUUUCCCGGAAUCUAUUUUGAUAGGUAAUGAGCCCAAGAAUAGCCUAUUAGCAUCGUCAAAACCUGGAUUCCAGCCUGAAGCACCUAUUUCUUCCUUGAAACAGAAACCAUUCGCAAAUAAAAAUAAAGACGCACCAUUAGCUGAUGUGAACACCGGUUUGAAUACAUUUGCUAACAACCAACCACUAGCAGAUCAGUAUGCCAAACAACCUGAUGUCAAAUUGAUGAAAAGUGCUAAGGCUGUAAUGGCAGACUAUUCAAUAAUCAAACAGUCUGGCCCGACUGGUCCCUUACUACCAGGUUCAACCGUUCCUCCAGCAGUGCGGUUACAAACGGGCCGUCCAUUAAUGAAUGUGGCAACAGGGAUUACAGACUUUGUCUAUCGGGCAACCCGCGAUCCAGUACUAACUGGGGCUCCUUCUGGUUAUUACACCAAUGCAUGGACUACAGUUCCAACGACAAUGCCACCUACAACAACAACAACAUUACCAACAACUACAACAACACCCCAACCGACCACAACCAACAUAUACACGGCACAUUCGGCAAUGGUGAUGCAAGAAAAGUUAAGGCGGGAGAAAGAAAAGGAGUUAGCUGCACUGAGAAGUGCUCUACAGAAAUUGGGCAUUCCAAAUACCAGUGGAUUAUAUCAAAGACUUGACACUCUCGCUGCAUCUUCUCGAAGAGCAAUCCUUAAGAGGGCCCAGAUGAUACAAAAGGGACGAUCAACUGGCAGAACUGGUUAA